AUGUUCUCAUCAUUGUUAAGAAAGAGUGGGUCGUUGGCAAAUAUAGGUGGUAGUCCAGACAAGGACGGGUCGCAUUCAACACCCUAUGGAGAUGUCAUUAGCGAGGUCGUCGUCGAACCAGAAGAGAUUAAACAAUCAGAAAGAAACUUGAAUGACAUUAAGCAGUUGUUGAGCGAUCUCAUCAAAGCACAACGAGCAUGGACUGAAAAGGGUGACAAAUUGGCCAAGACACAUGUACUAUGGGCACAAUCAUUCUCCAAAGACCACGAAAAGAAUGUACAAACCAGUUCAUCAAACUCACACAUUACCAGUCAAUACGCCAUCCAACAACAAGCUGAAGGUGGAGGCAGUGAAAAUAACAUUGGUUUUACAAGAGCAAUGGAACAAUUCACUGUAUCAAUGACUAAAUCUUCAAAUUUUGAUACUGAAUUUGUAACAAGUGUAAAUGAAGGAUUUAUUAAACCAAUUCAAACAUUGAUUAGUGUAAUCGAAGAGAAAAAGGUUUAUAGAAAGAAAUACGAUAAAGCAUCAAAUGAAUAUGAAACAUUGAUUGGUAAAAUUAAAACUAUUCAAACAAAGAAAGUUGAACAAUCUCAUAUUUUGAAAUUAUAUACUUAUGAAAGAGAAAAAACCAAAGCAAAAUUAAACUUUGAUGCUGCUAAACAUGAAUAUAUAACAUAUUUAAAUGAUACUCAAAAUCGAAUGCAUACAGAAUUUAUUGAAAUAUUAAUUAGACAUUAUGAAUCAAUGUCAACUACAGCUGGUAAUUCAUACUCUGAGUAUGCUGGCAUUAAAUCAUAUGUCGAUAGUUUGAGAACAUGGUGUUUGUCAGAACAAGAUUAUUUCCUCAAAGAUAUUGUUGAACGUGAACAAAAGAGAGCCGUUGAAUUAUCAAAUGAAUUGGAUGCUAAAUUCCAACCAUUUAUUGAUUUAUUAACAACACCAGCAUUUAAUUUAUGGUAUGGAUUUGCAGAAGUUAGAAAGAAUGAACUUUACCCACCACCUCCUCCACCAGGUGGUCAACCGGUUUUACCAGCAACCAAUCCAAUCAACUUUAUACCACAUCUUGUUCGUGUGUUGGAUAUGCGCGGACAGAUGAGCGAACUAUUGUCACACAUGGUUCGUAGUGAUUUGGUGAAUCAACACGCAUCAAGCUUGGGUAAUGUCUUUAUCAACCAACCCAUCUGGUGCGAGAUGGUGGAGGAGUGCGCCGUCCACCUCGCCAUCCCCUACUUGAAAUAUCUCUUUGAUCAAUCCAUCACCACUAUUGUCGGAUACCCAGAACGGUUCCGUCCACACACACCCGAAGGCAUUCAAUCAUUUAUCGGUGAGUUUCAAAACAUCUUGACCAACUUUGCCACAUCGCAACAGUAUCUCCCUCCACCAUUCAAACGCGCAUCUAUGGAGAUUGACGCUGUUAAGCGUGAGAAGAGUGUCCAACACCCACCAUCCGGAUGUCUCUUGUUUGCACGUGUCUUUGCUCCAUUCAUUGCACGUCCCCAUCUCCGCGGUCUCUUUAAUGUCGUCCCUUCCGACGGUGCACUUGAAUCACUUGGUUUUUUCGCAACCAUGUUUUCUCAUGCCGGUACCAACCAGACCUUUUUAGCUUCACAAACCGACUACCAGCAGCUCAAUGAAGCACUCGCCAGUGCACGUCCCAAAAUCAUUGACUUUUUUGGCAAUAUUGGUGAUACCACCGAAUGGGCAUCGUCGGUGGAACUAAUCGAAACCUACUACGCAGACAUCCCCAUUGUCCAAGCCUUUGCCAAGCAGCACUACUCUAAUGUUGCCAACACCAUGUCGACUCGUGGAGAGCGCGAGCUUGCACAAACUUUUUUAUCCGCGCUUGGUCAACUCGAGGCCAACGAAGACUUUGACAAAGGUCACUCUAAAAAGGCUUCCCAAUCUGUCAAUGGGGUCAUCUCUUCUCCCAUGGUCAUAUCUCCUCCUCUAUCACCUGUUGAUGAGGCUCAACAACAACAACACUCACAAGAAGAAUAA